AUGCCUGCACACCCGAUUCGCGAAUUCCUGAGAUGCCUCCCAAAGUGCGAGCAUCAUAUCCAUCUUGAAGGUGCUCUAACACCUGAUGUUCUCUUCAGCCUCGCUGCGAAGAAUCAAAUCACCCUUCCCCAAAAUGAUGAGGCCUUCGAGUCACCGACCUCGCUCAUUGAGCGCUACAAGAGGUUUACGUCGCUCGAUGAUUUCCUCCAUUACUACUAUAUUGGCAUGUCUGCACUGGUGACAGCUUCCGACUUCGAGGACUUGGCUUGGGACUAUUUCCAACAUGCGUCUGCAGAUGGCGUUGCACACGCUGAAGUCUUCUUCGACCCGCAAGCACAUACCACGAGGGGUAUCAAGUAUACAACAGUAGUAGAGGGUUUCGGCAAGGCGUGUAAGCGCGCAGAGAAGGAGCUCGGUAUUACAACACUCCUGACUUCCUGCUUCCUGCGACAUCUUCCUCCCAAGGACUGUCUCGAGAUCUUCGAGGACGAGGAAGUGCAGAAGAGCUAUAAGAGCGGCGUAGUGCGAGCAAUCGGACUAGAUAGCAGCGAGAAAGACUUCCCUCCCGAGAACUUCACAGAGCUGUACAGAAAGGCGAAAGAUCUGGGGCUCAAGCUCACCGCGCACGCUGGUGAAGAAGCCCCAGCUUCGUACAUCUCAAGUGCACUGCACAAUCUGGGCGUCACCCGCAUCGAUCACGGCAUCCAGCUCAUCAACGAUCCGCAGCUCAUGAAGAAGAUCGCUUUAGACAAGACUAUGCUCACCGUGUGCCCGCUAAGCAAUGUAGUCCUUCGCUGCGUGGACACAAUCAAAGACGUACCGAUCCGGAAGUUGCUCGACGCUGGCGUGCAGUUCAGCAUCAACAGCGAUGACCCGGCUUACUUCGGUGGCUACAUACUAGACAACUACGUUGCCGUACACGAGGCGUUUGAUCUAAACGUAAAGGAAUGGGAGAGCAUUGUGAAGGCCGGGAUAGAGGGAAGUUGGUGCAGCGCUGAACGCAAAGACGAGCUGCUGCAACGCCUCCACCGCGUCCUCGCCGAAUGGAAAGGCAAGAUAUAA